AUGCCAGCUAAUCUUAUUCCAUUAGAUAUUUUUGACUUUGAUGUAAUCUUAGGCACAGAUUGGUUGCAUUAUAAUCGUGCCAAGAUAGAUUGCUACGGGAAAAUAGUUGCUUUCCAUCGUCCUGGAUUACCUAAAGUUACUUUUGUGGGUGAACAUAGUGGGGUGAGGCACGGUAUUAUUUAUGUUGUAAGAGCAAAAAGGUUGUUAUCGAAAGGUUGCCAGGGAUAUUUAGCUCAUGUAGUGCUGAAUGAUGUUGCUUUUAGUAGUGUGGAGGAUGUUCGAGUAGUCAGGCAUUUUCCUGAUGUAUUUCUUGAUGAUUUACCUGGAUUGUCGCCAGAUCGUGAUGUGGAGUUCACCAUUGAUUUGUUUCCAGUGGCUGAUGCAUUUAUUAGGAAAACUCCAAUUAGACUUAAUGCCAUUUAUGUUUGCCAUGUUCCUCUUCUUGUGGAUUUAAGGUCCACUGAAGUGAAGUUAAGAGUGGAAGAUCGAGAGAAAGCCCUACUUGCAAAUUUUCAAGUUAAGCCAAUUUUAAUUGAUCAUGUACUUAAGGCCCAGAUGGAUGAUGAAGAGACCUAG